AUGGCCUCUGCGUCCACUGGUCGCCGCCGUCGCGUCCGCGCCGUCGCGAUGAUCCUCGACGACGUCCUGUACGACCACUCGACGCUCCUGUCCCACUUGGCCGUCGACCGCGGCCUCGCUCAGCUGCGCACCGAAAACGCGUUCGCGACCGCCGACGCGGCGUCUCUCGCGCUCGCGACGUUCCGCAAGACGUUUGGCCUGCGCGAACGCUUCCCGCGCUUCGUCAACAGUCUCGUGCGUGGCCCGCGCGCGCGUCUCUCGCCCGCGCAGGCGCAACGAGUCAUUGCCGCGUACUAUGCGAGUAACGUCCCGGACGCGCGUCGGAUUCGGCCGUUCGCCGGCGUCCGCGCGACGCUCGAAGCGCUCCAAGACGGCGGCGCCUGUCAGUUGGCGUUGCUGCUCGUUGGGCAGCCGCACGUGCAGCAGGAGCGGCUCCGAGCGCUGGGCGUGGCCGACCUGUUCCGCGAGGCGGUGUACGUGGCGCCCAACCCGAGUGUGGCGCAGGUCACGAGUGCGCUGAAGCAGCUCGGGCGGCAACUGGACGUGCCGACGUCGGCGGUGCUCUUCGUCGGCCGCAAAGUGUUCUACGAGAUCAAAGCGGCUAAGGCGGCGGGUAUGCUCACGGUCCGCAUGUUGUUUGGCAAGUACAGGAGCGUAAUGCCGACGGAUGAGAUGGAGCGACCGGACUUUCAAAUCGAGUCGAUCGCGCAGCUCGUAGCGGUUGUCAGGCUGGCAGACCAGCAGAUGCUGCAGCCCAAGAUCGUGGCUCUUGGAGGCGGGACGGGACUAGCAGUGCUGCUCAAGGAACUGCGUCACUAUCCAGCUGACCUGACAGCCAUCGUCACGGUGUUUGACUCGGGUCGCCAUUCCGGCGCUCUGCGCAAGAACUUGGGCAUUUUGCCACCUGGAGACAUUCGCAACUGCCUCGUGGCGUUGUCCGACUCGGAUGAGCUCUUGAGCAAACUGAUGAACUACCGCUUUCGGAACAACUUCAUGGACGGCUGUAGCUUGGGCAAUCUGCUACUCGCAGCGCUGACCGAUCUGCAAGGCGGGUUCGACCGUGCCAUCUCGUCGAUUGCUGACAUUCUCAAUAUCCAUGGCACCGUGCUACCGGCCACACUCGAAAGCACUGAGCUGUGUGCCGAGCUCACAGACGGAUCGACGGUCGUUUCGGAAGUCAAUGUAAAGAAGACCAAGAAAGCGCCGAUCAAACGCGUGUACCUCGAGAAUCCGAAUGUGAAAGCCUUCCAGCCUGCAGUGCGUGCCAUCGAGGAAGCUGACAUUAUCAUUCUGAGUCCUGGUGGGUUUUACACGUCAAUCAUUGCGACGCUUCUGGUACCAGGAAUUCGUGACUCCAUCGCACGCAGCACGGGUGCGAUUGUGUACGUGAGCAACAUCACUACACAGAACGGUCAGACUGACGGCUACACGCUCGAGAAGACACUCGACGUGCUUUCCACAUACCUGGGAGCGAACGUUGUCGAUUAUGUGAUUGCGAAUAACGCUUUGCCACCAGAAGAUGUCCUUGCGCCGUACGUCGAGCGCGGAGAGGAAUUGUUGCUGCCGACGCCCAACAUGGCGGCCCGUGAGCGCCCGGUUUUGCUUCAAGGCCAGACAUUCCAAGAAGACCUUGUUACGGGGCAAGUGCCUCGCGAAUGGAAUAAGGCACCCAUGCUCAAGCACAGCGGCCGUCGCGUGGCUGCCAUUCUUUAUACCAUCAUCGACAAGGAAAUGGCACGCCACCAUCAAUGUCAGCAACUGCAACCUGUUGUUUCCAGUGCAGCUCCAGUGGAUGUACCAAAUCCGACGAGCGUUGGGAUACCAGCUUUCACAGCUCCUGCGAUAGUCUUUGGAUUGCUCGUAGCCACAACGUUUUUAGCAUCCGUGCUUCGUCAAAGGUGA